CCCUCGUGCGUGCAUCAUGCACCUUGCCAUGGCGGCAGAGCCGGGCAGACCAAUCACCACAUGUGCAGCAGCCUCUACCGGUACACUGUGGCCACAGACUGACACGACUGCGGACUGCUACAGGUGUCAGGCCAGACUGCAGAACCAUACCUACCACAAUACCCACAGAUGUUGAAAGCCUAAUGAACGAAUCACGCUGCACACAAAAGCGAACUUCUUUCCCAGGAGUGCAAAAGAACGUUUGCAGAAAAAGAGCGUUUGCAAAGAAGCUCCUCUAAGUAACUGUGGCGAUGGCCAAGGUGGCGCCAGCAAGUUUUAUGGAGAUUCUGAAUUUUCCACGAACAGAAGCUGUGAAGAUCCCACGGCUGGGUUUUGGGACUUAUCAGAUAACGCCUGGCAGGGAUACCGAGGCGGCGGUGUUAGUAGCUUUGAAAGAAGGGUACCGGCACAUUGAUACUGCAGCCCUUUAUGGCAAUGAGCAAGCUGUUGGUGCUGCGGUGCGGAAGAGCGGUCUGCCUCGCGAGGACGUGUUUGUGACCACCAAGCUUUGGCACAGCGACCACGGCUUCCAGAAGGCACAGCAGGCGUUCGACAGGAGCCUGCGCAAACUGGGGCUUGACUAUGUCGACCUCUACCUGGUGCACUCCCCGGGCCGCCCCGGCAACCGCACAGAAACGUGGCAGGCGAUGGAGGCAAUCCUUGAGAGCGGAAAAGCGAGGUCGAUAGGCGUCAGCAAUUACGGGGUGCGCCACCUGCAGCAGUUGCUUAGAACUUGCAAGUACCGCCCUGCCGUGAAUCAGAUCGAACUCCAUCCGUACAACCAGCACCGAGACAUUGUCGAGUUCUGCGAGGAACACAAGAUUGCGCUCGAAGCCUACGCCCCCUUGACACGAGGGUACCGGAUCAAGGACCCUCAGCUUGCCAAGGUUGCUAAGAAGUACGGACAGACGCCAGCUCAGAUCCUCAUUCGGUGGGGCCUUCAAAAGAACUAUGUCGUGCUUCCAAAGUCGGUCAAGCCGGACAGGAUACGCGAAAACAUGCAGGUGACGGACUUUGAAAUUGCUCCGGAGGAUGUCGCCUUUCUUGAUUCGCUGGAUGAGGGGCUGGUCACAGACUGGGACCCUACGGUCGAACCAUGAUCGUAACUUUUCUGCAUGCGAAAUCAAGUUCCGCAAUUGUUGAUUAUGUAAAGUUACAGAGAGUCCAGAAGCAGGCUUAAGGAGUGUUGAGUAGAUCGGGCAGAAACAAACAGCAAGUAGUGAGGCAACGCACGCACUUAAUCAAUCAGACGGUACCCAGUACGGUAGGCGUAGGAGAUUCUUCGAACAGCACGGAGAGAACAUCAAUCGUUUCAUUUGGCGGACAAAGACCCAAUAUUGGCACGCGUUUUAUCAGGAUUACCCAUCACCAUGGC